AUGUCGAUCGUCACGACCGAGCUCACGCAGCAACUGGGCAUCAAGCACCCCGUCAUGCUCGCCGGCAUGGGGAUGACCUCCACAGCCGCGCUCGCCGCCGCCAUCUCCAACGCAGGCAGGCUCGGCGUCAUCGGCGGCGUGGGCUACACCAACGCACAGCUCAAGGACAUGAUCACUGAACUCAAAUCACUCCUCACAGACCCCUCGCUCCCCUUCGGCGUCGACCUGCUCCUGCCACAGGUCGGCGGGUCCGCGCGCAAGAUCAAUGUGGACUACACGAAGGGCUCCCUGGACGAGCUGGUCGAGACCAUCAUCGAGGGCGGCGCCAAGGUCUUCGUGUCGGCCGUCGGUGUCGUCCCGAAGCGCAUCGUCGACCGGCUUCAUCAGGCAGGUGUACUCUACAUGAACAUGGUCGGCCAUCCUAAACACGUCCACAAAGCGUGCGCUGUCGGCGCCGACAUCAUCUGCGCGCAGGGCGGCGAAGCGGGCGGUCACACGGGCGAUAUCGCCUUCAGCGUCCUCAUCCCCGCGUGCGCGGACAUAUGCAAGACCUACACGUCGCCGAUGACCGGCAAGCCGGUAGCCCUCGUCGCAGCGGGCGGCGUCAACGAUGGUCGCAGUCUCGCCGCGGCGCUGGUGCUCGGGGCCCAGGCGGUCUGGGUCGGCACGCGGUUCGUGGCUGCCAGGGAGUCGGGUGCUUCGGAAUACGCGAAGAAAGCGGUUAUCGAGGCCGGGUUCGAUUCCAUCAUCAAGUCCGUCAUAUGGUCGGGAAGAUUGCUGCGCGCCCAGUCGAACGCGUAUGUUGCCGACUGGGAGCAGAACCGCCAGGCUGAGAUCAGGGAGCUGACCAGCAAAGGCAUUCUGCCCCUUGAGCAUGAGCUCGAUAGACUGCAUGCCGAGGGGAAGCUGACGGAGGAGAUUGAGGAGCAGGCUGAAAUUCGGCCUAUGGGCAUCGUUGCCGGACUGAUCAACAAGCCAGAUCAGACUGCGCGGGAGAUUGUCGAUGAGAUCGUAUCAGAAGCUUCCGCUAUCUUGAGUUCGGCGGGCCAGUAUGUAUCUUCGAAGGCACGGUUAUGA